AUGGUGAAGGGUCGCCAAGGAGAGCGCGUCAGGCUGUACGUUAGAGGAACGAUCCUGGGGUACAAGAGGUCGAAGUCGAACCAGUACCCAAACACGUCCUUGAUUCAGAUCGAGGGAGUAAACAGCAAGGAGGAGGUUGCGUGGUACCAUGGGAAAAGGAUGGCGUACAUUUACAAGGCUAAGGUUAAGCAAAAUGGAACCCACUACAGUCCAUGGGAGCCCGAGUUCGCGUCUUCAUGUACCCUAGCAACAUUUGAAGUGUUCUUAAGAAGUAGGGGAACUGAGUUUGAGCAAUGGUGGCUAUUAGAAGGAUCUGUUUUGCCUUCUUUUUACUCCCUAUUUUGGUCAUAUAAUGCAUCUGAGGGGGAGGUCCGUAAAUACGGUUUCAUUAGCUUCAAAUAUAAGAUCAAUGGAGGUGGGUGA